GCAAUCCUCCUCCUCGGCUUUUCCUUCAUUCAAAGCCUAAAAAUCUCACUUUUUUUUCCCCAAGAUUGCAUUUUUAUAGCGCACAGGUCACCGGCGGCGAUGAAAAACCAGGGAAGAAGAAUCGGCGACCAAAUAAGCCGUGUGAUCCGCGCGCCUCUCCGCGCUCUCUGCCACGCACGGAACCAGUACGUCCGCAGCAUGAACAGCGUCGCCAACCGCUUUCCUUACGGCGCUGGAGGGGAGACGAUGAGCUUCGCCUACACAGCCGGAGACGAAGCUAGGAGUUUCAGCAGCGCUCAGAUUUCUUCCGGUGAAGAGGAUUUCCGCGAGCUCAUCCGCGUCAGUUCUCAGAGCCGUGCAAUCGCCGACAGCGAGGCUGUUCGGCGUAGCCGGAGCGUGGCGGUGGGGCGGAUCGACGAGGACGGGCCCUGCUAUUUCUCCGGCGAGGUCGGGGUUGGGGAAAGUCUCAUCUUUCCCAGGAGCCGGACAUGCGGCGCCGGCGGGAACAGGGUCCUUGUCGUCCCCGUCUGAAAGUUUUGCACCAUUCUUCCUUCUGUUAUAUAUGUAAAGUUAAAAUAUUUCUGCUCCGAUCAAGUUGAUCGAACUUUGCUCAAAUUUAGAGUUUUUUUUUUCUUGGAACAAGUAGAGCUUUGGCUCAAUUAUAUAAAUAAAAAUUAAGAUUCUAUAACUUUGUCCAACAAAAAA